AUGACAGCGCCGCCUGCAAUUAGUCCCAAACUCUGCAACAGACUGAAACGUUAUCUACAUACUGGAAAUGAACUCCCUAAGUAUUACCCUGGAUGUUGGACAUCUCAUAAGUAUUUUGAAGCCGAUAGAUUGCCCGUAAUUGAUGAGAUUCUCCGUGGUGGUGUUAGUAAUGUUGAAGUAGUCAACAUUAUUGUGCAGGCUGGUAAAGAUGGUUGGUACACUCGCUUUGAGACUAUAGCCUUUGCACUGGCUAAAUGUCUCAUGGUGGGCAAUACUGUUGUCAAAGAAGCAGCAUACAAAGCAGCGGUUGAAAUAUGUGUCACUCCUGAACAGAUGAUGCUUUUUCACAAGUUCACAAGGCUAUUAAAAACAGGAAAUGGCCGAGGAUGGUGUAAGAGUGUCAAGGACUGGUACACAUCAAAAGAUCCGAUGGAACUUGCCAAGGAGAUGACUAGAGUACGGGCGCGUCAUGGACGCUCGCAUAAAACUCUUCUACGCAAAUCUCAUAUGAAAAUACCCGAAAACGAUUAUGCUCGGGACGCAGUCGUGAAGUAUGCCAUCUUUGGACUUAAACGUGCGAAACAGAUUCUAGGUGACAAACCAGAAUGCAAGGAGAUAUUUGAGCACAUUUCGAAGGUGGAAGAUAUACGACAUUGUGAGGAUCCCGUAGCUGCCGCUGCUCUUGUGACUGCUAAUCAGUUUACUCUUGACCAUGUGCCUGGGCACUUGUUGACAUCACAAACUGUAUGGACUGCAGUACUACCACAGUUAACCUUAGAAGAACUGCUGUUCCACAUUCAGCGCAUCCACAACAUGGGCUUUUUGACCAAUGACUCGCCAACCACUGCAGUACUGGUGUCCCUGCUCAGUAACCAAGACGUCAUCAAGAAGUCAAAGGUUACCCCGCUUGCAGUCUACAUUGCAAUGUGCAACUAUAAGAAAAAGACCAAGCCAAUGAAAUUCGAGAAAGCUAAAGUGGUCGCAGAAAAGGAGCAGAGACGUCGCACGCGCCAGAUUUUUGACAACAAAAAUGACCAAUGGGUGUGGAUUACCAAUAGGCGACACCCAAAAGAAAUCAAAAACUGGGGAAUUGAUCUACCGCCUAAUCCCGCCGUGCUGGCAGCUCUAAACAAUCUGAUUGAUCAAACUUGGCUUCUGACUCCACCUACUAACGCACGUUACUUGAUUACUAUGGACAUGAGACACCAUAUGUUUAAAGGUCGUCAUUUCUGCAAGAAUUUUGUUGUGGCAAAAAAGAGUAAGAAAACCGCUACAAAGACCACUCCUAGCGGCGGCGGCGACGCUGAUACUGAAAAGAAGAGCAGGAAGCAUCUUUUGGCUGAAUGUUUCUACAACAAGAACGUUACACCUGGACAUGCAGCUAUAAUCCUGGCCCUACAAAUUUUGAAAAGGGAAAAGCAGGUUAGCUUAGCGGUGUUUACCGAAGAAGGUGUGCAGCUCGUCUCUAUCGAACCUAACUUUAGCAACAUCGAAGAAGCCGAAUUCGUUCUGCGGAAAGCAAACUUGGGCCGCGUACAACUGGACGCCCCUAUACAGAUGGCCAUGAAAGCUUCUCUGAAGUUCGACGUGUUCAUUGACAUGGUGGACCGCAGCACUCGCUACAUGGAGCUGGACAAGAACGCGCGCGCCGGGCGCGGGCUGGGCGGGCGCUACGGGCCGCCGCCCGCGGCUCAGGUCGACGUCUCCGACCACUGCCCCGUGCGGGCGCUCUACGCCUACCGGAAACAAAGCGGGAUAAAGGAUGCCAAAUUGAUCGUCAUGAAUCUUGCUUCUCAUCGCGUCGGAACCACUAAUGGCCAUCACGAGGGAGUGCUCGAUAUAAUCGGAAUCGACGAGUACGUGCCUAAAGUUAUGGAUGCGUUCGUACUCGGCCAAUUUAAGUGA